CAUGCAUCGAGCAAUUAGUUUAUUUAUUUUAAUAAACUUUUACAUAAUAUAUUGACUAUGUGUUUAUUCAACAAUGUGACAUAUAUACUGAGACUCUAAGUCUAACAAAGCUCAACGGUCAACCAUGCCGAAUAAGGAGCUCAAUCGUACCCCGGUAGCGGAGGUCAAACUAGUGCCAGUGGUACAAAAUGUGACUCCAAGCAAGACUGCAGCUGGAGCCGUAGCUGCAAAGACUGGUGCUGCCAAGGCAACCACAAAAGACAGCGCGAUGUCACCAGGCGCCGCUCCGGCCGCGCACGCCAGCAGCGAGCUGCUGGGAUCCCUGACCACGCAGCAGCAGCAACGCACCAGCGCCCGUGUCAUUAAGAAGCUGAGGACUGAACCAGUCCCCGAUCCUGACAAGAGAGAUAUACCAGAAUGCGACACCCCAAGCAAAAUCGACGAGAAAGAACUAAAAUUCCCGACAGUCAAACAGCGCAUGCCCAAAGCUCUCUGGUCGGCUGACGAGAAGAGUCUGUUCUUCGAGGCUCUAAACGAGUACGGCAAAGACUUCGAUGCCAUCACCACUCACAUUUGUGCCAAGAUGAAGAAGAAGGGCAUGCCAGACGUCAAUCUGAAGACGAAGACGCAAGUCAGCCACUUUUAUUACAGAACUUGGCAUAAACUGUCGAAGCAUGUACAUUUUGGAGAGAACGUGAAGAAAGUGGCGCAAGAGUUAUACGCUCUAAUCAACUACGGUGAGCUUAGAAAGAAGCUGGUCUCAGUGAGCGAGAAGACUUGCGCGCGUCUACACGAGAUGGUUCUAAGCGGCAGCAUGGUGGUUCGCCAUCGUGGGAGGAACGUCCGUGUUAGGACGCCUAUGUGCCGUGCGUUGCGAAGACUCAAUCAAAUCACAGAGCGGUCGCUGGCGGUGGGCGUGUGCGCGCUGGCCACGGUGGGGCUGCGCGCGCGCACGGCCGGCGCGUGGGCGCGCGUGCAGGCGGCGGCGCACAACCCGCGCGCCGCCGCGCAGCUGUCGCCGCGCACCAAGCUGCACGCGCUGCUCAGGGCACUGGAGAAGCGGUGGCAGGGGAAGAUCAAACUUUGUAAACCAAACUUGGAGAAUAUAGUGGAGAUGGAGCCCGAAGAAGAGAAGCCGGAACCGGCGAGACCCGAAGACAACGAGGAUGACCUGGAAGACCACCUCAACCUGGAGACCGACAGGAUUAUUGUUCAAGAACAAAAGCUAGCAAAAAGACCGGUGCUCCACGUAGGCCCGCGGCCCGCCGCGACCGUCCGCCUGCCGGUGGUCCGCGCCAGCGAGCAGCUCUCCAGCCAGAAGAUCUGCUUCUCCAGCUACCUCCAGCGCAUGUAUUCGCAGGAUAAGGAGGCCACCAAAAUCCGCACCUCAAAACGGCACCAUAAAGACAGCAGUGAGAAGGACAAGGAACUUGAGCAGAAACGGCCGCGGCUGGAGAGUGAACCCAAACUCGACAUCGACGAGACGGCCGUCGACGGGAUCGAGCUCAUGGCCAACUAUAAGACUAAUCAGGAAGACGAAGAAAAGCCCAGCACCGAGGACGAGAAAGAGAUAAAAUCAGAAGAAACCGCCGAGGAAGAGGGAGACAAGGAAGGUGAAAGAGACAAGUAUAUGUCCGAGAGAGAGAAGGACAGCUUCUCCGAGAUGGAAGAUGAUGAGAAGUUGUAUAUCAAGAGCGACAGUGAUAAUGAGAGCGAUAAGGAUAAGGGAGAGAAGAAGACAAAGUUUAAGAAUUUAAAGGUAAAAUUCCGCAUACGCCCCAAGAAACGCGGCGGCACCAUCUACACCCUAGUCAACGAGGACGAGCCGAAAGCAGAGGAGCCUAAGGAAGAGGAGCCUCCUGACAUUGACGUUGACAGCGCGGUCAAUCAAAUAAGGAAGGGGUGGAGCGUGUACGACGCGGGCGAUCUUACUAUUGGGGACUUGUAUCUUAUGUUCGGCGCCCGCUCCAAACUCGACCUAGACUAUUGGUGGGCGGAACCCACCCCUCCCCUCCCCAAAAAGGAGCUCGAGAAAACCCCUCCCCAAGAGAAAAGGCCGGAGCGCACCCCCGACAAGGGCACUGACAGUUCAGUGGAAGAUGAGAGAGAGAGACGGGAGAGUGACUCGGAUAUGUUCUCUCCAAAGGCGUCCGGGCAGGAUAGUAAUGAUGGCUCUGGGGAUGAACGGAAACCGGAACAGCUAGUAUCGUCUCCGGAAAGGAAGCCGAGCGUCAGCAGCCUGAACCUCGCCAGCAAGCUGGUCAACCGGCCGGCGGCCGCGCCCUCCGCCGACGGGUUCAGCCAGGUCAGCGAAAGGUUGAAGCGGCUGUUGGCGCUGGCGGGCAACCCGCACGUCGGCGGCGCGCUCGCGCGCUGCUCGUGCGGCCAUGUCUGCUCGCAGCGGAAACAUCAGCCUAAACCACCGUUGCUCCAACCGCCAUCACCACGCCCGGAGCCAGUCUUUCGACAUCCCACUCCCAUCGCGCCUAAACCCGCCAACGAGGCGCCGCUGUCGAUGUCGCUGUCGGACCUGCCGCGCUGGCGGCGCGGGCGGCCGCGCGCCGCCGACCGCCGCGUCGUGGUGCAGCGCCUGCUGCCCCUGCUGCCGAAGCUGCCUCCACCCAGCAACCUGAUCCCAGUGAAGAUCGUCCCGAAUACGCCGCCGGUGCCGCCGCGUAUCUUGCCGAAACCCCCGCCUACGUCCACCAACGACCUGUCACUAUUCUACGUGCUGAGCGAGUCCAACGGUCAAUUCUUCUUUCACGACGGCGACCGCCGCAUACCCAUUACGGCGCAGGACGAUAACGAAGAAGCUGAAGACGACAUCCAAGACGAAUCAUACGAUAGUAAAGAAGACACGAAAGAAUUCAAAAUCGAUAUAUCAGCGACGGAGGUCGAAAAACGAGUAGCGAGCAAGCCAGACGAGGCAAGCGAGCCAGAGGCGAGCGCCGAGCCGAGUCAGCCGAGUGACGCGAGUCAUAGCGAGAAGAAGAAAGCUGAAGGGGGAGAUAUCGCGAACUUCCUGCCGUCGGAGUCGAUGUCGCUGUCUCCCUCGCGCCUGCUGGCGGGCGACGGCUGGCUGGCCGGCGCGCACGACUUCAGCCUCAGCUCCUUCCUCGGCCAGCUCGAGCCCGCGCCCAGCGACCAGAUGGCAGUGGACUCUCAUCUCCAGUCCCUCAUGGCGGAGUCGAGCGUAGACUACGUGGCUAAAUUCGCGGACCUCGCGGCCGAAGUCACCGACGAGAGGCCGCCGCUCACUUGAACACCGACCUUACGUGUCGGUUAUAAGGUUUAUUUUACAAUCAAACUAUUUACUCCAUCGGCGAAACAAUGGCCAGUUGAAAAGGGACCUUAUACGUGUCGGCCUUAACGCUUAUUUUACAACUUACAAUUUAGUAAACACUAGCCAUUGCUGUUCAUUUGAAAAAGGACGUUACGUGUGAAGCCUUAAGGUUUAUAUUACAUUAGAAGAACCGCCAACCGCAGUAGAAAUCACCAGUUUUAGGAAUCUCAAAGAGCUGCAAUAGUUAUUUUAAUCGACGAGUUGCGAAUUACCUAUUUACACGUGUAUCGUACAACGUUUUACAGUACAUAUGGCCCUUUAAACUUUUGACAUACCCACGAAAAGUGCUUUUUCCCGCACUAGUGCGGGAAAGUAGGACCAUAUGUACUUACUGUAAAUGUUGUUUUCAGUGGUCUAAGAACUCUAUCAAUACAAGUGUACCUAGACGUAGAAUAUUAAAAAAAAUUACACAUACAUAUUUAAGUUAUUGUAACUUGUAUGUUGUUUUGAAUACGGUUUUCUUUAAUAACAUUGUAUACAUACUGUUAAGAUGUAAGUAAAUUAUGGUAAUAAGUACAAAUAAUGAAAGUUAAACUUUUAA